UUACUGUGAACUCGUCUAUGAUAAACAAAGUUACAGUCAAGUGAACCAGCGAGAGCCUGAGCCAGUUAUCGUGAAAUCGCGACGCUGGAAAGACGCAUCCAUUAUGUCCGCCACAGUACAAACAAGUUUGAAGGAGAAAAUUCGUGAAUCCGUCGAAAUACCGAUUUUGACAAGAUGCUGUUUUUGCUUUCCCCUGAGGAAAGGCCUCGUCACCUUCGCUUAUGUGAACCUUCUGUUAACAAUAGCGGUGACCAUUAUGCUGGCGAUGUACAUCUCAUACGUGCGAUCGUCCGGUCAGACAAACACCACAGAGUAUCCGCGCCUGAUCGCUGACACGACAGCAUUGCUGAUAGAAGCUGCCAUGUCCGUGGUAUUCAUUGUUGCAUUGCAUAAGAAACACGUGCUGCUCAUGAAGGUAUACCUGUACUUCGAAAUAGUCUUCUCGGUGAUUGGUUUCGUGUACAGCGUCGUUUUCCUCACCAGGGAAACGGCUGGUGAACUCUUCCUCAUACUGUUCCAGCUGAUGGUACAAUUCUAUCUGGUGAUUUUAAUUUGGAGCUCCAUAGUGAAGAUGGCCAGAGACGACACCGUGAAAUAUGUGCGAAAUAGAGAAACUGUUUAAUUCAUAUAACCUCUUUUAAUUUUGAUACAAACUUUAUUAACGUAUAUAUUUAUGAAAUCAUUUAUAGUGACAUUGUUUAAUAAGCAAAUCGUAAUUAUAUGUAUAAUUGUUAAAAAUUUAAUUUUAUAAUCUUCGGUUAUAUCGUUCAUUUGCUACUGAUUGAUAUUUUUAUAUCUUUAACAUUGAUGUGUUAAAAACCCAAGAUGCUCAUAAAUAAUAUUAAAUUUAAAACUGUGCGUUCCUUUUCAAUAGACCAACUCGCAUCUAGGCGCGGCUUUAUAAAAACACUUUAAACAAUUUGCGUAAGGUAACACUAAAUAAUUAAUACAUAUAAUUGGUAAGUAUUAAGCGAUAAUUUCAAGCGUUAUUCAUAUGAUUGUGCAUCUUGGGUUUUUUUAUUUAUUAAUUAAUGGUUUUAAUUUAUCAUUUAACAUAACAAACCUCAAUGUAUGUACAAAAAAAAUUAUGUUGUGUGUGGACGUUUAGAAAAGUUUUGUAGAAUUACUAAUAAAUUUGCUCAUUUACAACCGACGUUUCCAAAUACGAAGAUGGUACACCUUCGUAUUUU